AUCCUCUCUUUCUCUGUCGUCUUUCUCUCUCAUCUUUCUCUCUCCACUUUCUCUCUCCACUGUUCUAGAAAAACACAUUACUAAUAGUCUAAUUGGAUAUUUGUCAAUCCCCAAAAAAAAAAAAAAAAACAUCUUGGUACUUACUACCCAACUCAACCACAACCAACUCAUCAAUCUCUUUUCCCUUUCCUCGACUUACAACAACAAUAAUAUGUUUCUCUGAAAAACAUCAUCUUCUUCUUCUUCUGAGAAACAAUCAAAUUCUCCAAAACCCAGAACCCAAAAUCCAAAAAAGUUAAGAUCUUGAUCAUGAAAUACCUUUCUUGCAGAGCCGAAUCCUCCAUAGCCACCGCCAAUUCCCAAACCCCCACUUCUUCUUCAUCAAACGCCAUCAAGAUCCAACAUUUCGUCUACAGCGACCUCGAAGCCGCCACCAAUGGCUUCUCCGACCAGAAGCUUCUCGGCAAGGGCAGCCACGGCUCCGUCUACAAGGCCGUCCUCGGCGGCCGCCAUUUCGCCGUCAAACGACCCAGCCGCCAUCAAAUCGUCGCCAACGAGGUCGACAACGAGAUCGAGAUCUUGUCGAAGAUUCAAAGUCCUCGUCUUGUCAAUCUGGUAGGCUUCACCAACGAUUCUAAUGACAACAAUAAUAGGCUUUUGGUUGUUGAGUUCAUGAGUAAUGGGACGCUUUAUGAUGUUCUUCACACUAGCCCUAGACCCCCAAAUUGGGGCCGGAGAAUUCGCUUGGCUUUGCAGACUGCUAAGGCCAUAGACACUUUGCACUCGCAAAACCCACCUGUAAUUCACCGAGAUAUUAAGUCUGCUAAUGUGUUGAUUGACCAUAGUUUCAAUGCCCGGUUGGGUGAUUUUGGGCUUGCUUUGCGUUGCCAUGUUGAUGAUUAUAGGCUUAGGUCAACGCCCCCGGCCGGGACUAUGGGGUAUUUGGAUCCUUGUUAUGUGACCCCGGAUAAUUUGAGUACUAAACUUGAUGUUUUCAGUUUUGGGAUUUUGUUGUUGGAGAUUAUUAGUGGGAGGAAAGCUAUUGAUGUUGGGUAUUCCCCGCCUUCCAUUGUGGAUUGGGCGAUCCCGUUGAUUAAGAGAGGGAAGUUGGUUUCGGUUUAUGAUCCGCAGAUUGCGCCUCCUAAGGACCCCAUUGUGAGGAAGCAGUUGGCUGUGAUUGCAGCCAAGUGUGUGAGGUCUUGUAGGGAGCGGAGGCCCGCGAUGAAGGAUGUCGUUGUUUGGCUUACCGGGUUGAGCAAGUUAGUGCCUUUGCAUUCGUGGAAUGGCUUCAACAAUCCGUGUAUGAUGGUGGAGCAUGUGGGGCGCCCAGUUGAAGUUGCCAGUGCUAAUAAUAAUGCGUAUUUGAAUUGGUUGGAGGGUGGUGGAGAGGGGAAUUUGGAUACCGUGGAUGCUAAGUAUGCGAGGCAAGUUAUGAGGAAUUCGCGGAGGGUUUACUCCGAUUUGGGGUUCAGUAGCAACUUGAUGGAGCUUAUGGCCGGUACAGACGAGGAGUCUGAAUUCAGGGGAGAGGGUGAUGGGGUUGAGCCUAAAUCAAAAUCCAGGAAUCGGGUUCCUAGUUUGAAAUUUGGUAGUGAGAGAUUUGGCAUAAGAGGGAAAAGUCAAGGCCAAAUUCGCGGUGACAACAGAGAUGUCUUUCAUUUAAGGCGAAACCAUUCAGUUGGGGGAGCUUUGGAAAUAUGUGCCAGAAGCGAUGAUAUAAUCCCACGUACAAGUUUUCAUUCUCACGGAGCUGAUGAUUUGUAGUUUUCCGUGUAAAUUUCAUUGAACAGAUUGAAAAGAUUGAGCAAAGCUCGGAUGUGUAAGCGUUUCUUGCUUGCAAAUUUUUCAUUGACGUAUAUUUGUUUUUAGCUCAUUGUUUGUGGUUUGAUUGAUGAACUGAACAUGGAAUUAAUCUUUUCUGUGUUCAGGAAUUAAUCUUUUCUGUGUUCAUUUGAUUGUUAAUGUGUUGUUUCACAUAUUUGAAGUUACAAGGGCACAUUGGUGAUAUAUCACCAUCAUGGGUUUGUGCCUUGUGGUCCCUGUCCUGUUCUUGUUCUUUUGUCGUUUAACACUGAUGUAUUACAUUGUUCUUUUUUGCCCCCAAUA